AUGUUUACCUCAGUUGUCAGUUUGAUGAUGGAGGGUUUUGACAUCAAUGUCCCUUCGCACUUACCCGUGCCUCAAACGUCUUCCACUCGUGCAUUUCAGAAGGUUUCACGCGUCGAAAGCGAUCUCGGAGCACCAGGAAGAUCUCUCCUCUGGAACGAAUCCCCUCAAACGCGAACGAGGGACCAAACUGAAACUAAAGCACCUGCACGAACAGGUCCGAGCAUCCUAGAAUGGACCAGUGUACAAGAACACCUCAGCAAACUUGCCGCAAGCAAUGGCAUAGUUGAGCUCGAGGACAUCGAACGCUACCGUCCCAAAACGCAUGCUCCCCUCGACAGAAUCAUAGUUCAAGAGGACACCAAGGGCACCCCGGCCGCUUCCAGUCAACUUGCAUAUGAAGUGCAGUACCACGAGCUGGUGACCAAGCUCACCGCCUCAUUCAAGGUGGCUCAGCUCCGAAGAUUUCUGAAGCUCUAUGGAGCUACGUCGUUCGCGGGCCGCUCCAAGCAGGAGAUGGCUAUGAGAAUUAUCGAGGACCAUUGGCAGUGGCCAUCGUUGUCCGCCGUUCUUCAGAGACAACAAGACUCGCAACCCAGUGUCAAAACUGUCCCAUUGACUCCGCCACAGGCUUUUCUCAUCCUGGGACGAGAUGGAACCCAGGCGCGCCAUUUGUCAUCGAGAUACCAUGCAAACAUAGUGUUCAAGGCAAAUCCACUGAGUUUGCAGAUUGAGGGCACCGUCGGGGCUUUGAGAAGUCUUGAGCAGCACAUCGUCGAUUUCAAAGCGGGCAUCGUCGAAGAUAUUUUUGAAUUGCCGCAAGAACAAACAGUGGACGCGGACAGUCUGCAACGGAUAUCCCGUCUCUCGGGCGUGCUUGCUGAGGCGUUCGGAGAGAACAAGGUAAUCAUUACCCCUGGAACUCUGUCGUGGGACGCAAUCAAAGCCUUUGUUUGCAGAUUCGUCUGUCCUCCAGCCUUGAGGAUCCCCAGUCUCUCAAGAGAGCGAAACGGCUACUCAUUCGAUCUAUCAGCGAGGCUUGCUAACAGCUCAACCAAGCCUGCCCGCGUUUUCUGUCACCUUCCGCCGUCUAUCGCAAGCUCCUCCUCCUUGCCAGCAUCAACACAGUUCCCCCGGUCAUACGGAAUCUAUCCUUUCUUUUCCCCCCGGGCCUUACCGUGGGCAGUCGGCUCCCGGGGCGUCUUUCGGCUUCGACGCGUCGAAUCGUCCAUUAAUCCCCAGGGCAAGGAGGAAGUGUCAAAAACUGGGGGCCUGGCCUCUGAUCGUGGCUCUCUGUUAGAUUUAGAGACGGCCGGUCAUGUCCUUCUGACGACUGAGUCUCCUGGUAUUUUCCCCCCAUUGACUGGUCAAAUCAAGAUCCCUGAAGUGCUCGAUUGGCUCAAGACACACCCGGAAUCGCCGUGCAUCUUCUCGCCCAACGUGCCUUCCAACCUGCUCGGUGCGCAAUCGGAGCAAUUUCUGAUGUCGCAUCGGCUGGUGUAUCAUGCCCUCGAUAAUGACGCUACUGCUCCCAUCAAAAUUCUGAAACUGGCAGUCGAACUUCCCCAAAAAGACGAUAACUUCGUCUUGAAAUAUUUCGUCCAGGCCGGAGAGACCGUCGAUAUCGACGUCGCACUUCCGGACCGGCCUAUGGACAUCCGAUUUUCCAUCCUCAAUUCUGCUCUAUUAGGCAGGCAGAAAACGCCUGACGUUCUGACCGAGUAUGUGAAGGAACUCGAAAGUUUCCUGGCGUUUGAAGACCCAGAUGCGACCCAGCCUGAGGCACCGUUGACGCUCGAUUAUAACGGGAAUCGAUACCUACUCCAUUCCAAUGUUUCUGUGCGACGCGGGAUCGCACCGUCUCACAACGCAACCGAGUCUGUGCCGGCGUUCAUCGAGAAUUGCCUGGAUGCUGUCACGGACGAACGGACUACAUCGUGCCUGGUGAUUUGCGAUGACAUGUCAUCACCAGCGCAAUGGACAUCAUUUAUGCAACACUGUGACUCGUAUUCACUAAACCAUAAGAUAGCAAAGCGGAAUAAUCAUUGA